AUGACAGCACUCUCCAGUGCGAUGCUCAUGGACCAAGCGAUGAUUAUGCCUCAAUUUCAGCCAAGCGAGGCCGAAUCCUCCAUUUUAGGGAUUGCUGGGGAGCUAUUGGAUCUACUACUGGCGUUAACCAAGGCAUUGUCCUUGAAAUCGCAGAAUACUAUUUCAUCAUCUGUGCAGCGCGAAAUUACUCCAUCGACAUUGGCGAAACAGGAGAGUAUCUACAGGUUCUGUCGAGGCGCUUCCCUUAGCACCCCUUCGCCAUCCAGGUCGAUGUAA